AUGCAAGAGAAUGUUGAAGCACAUGACUCAGCGAUAAAAGUCAUUGAGAUUCAAUUUGGGCAUAUAUCUAUGACUUUGAAUAACCUUCCCCAAGGGACAUUACCUGCGGACACACAUGUCAAUCCAAAUGAGCAGGGCCCGAAGCAGCUAAUGGCAGUGAGUCUUAGGAAUGAAAGGGAUUUGGAAAGAGAGCGAGAAGUUGCUCAAUUGAAUAGAGAAACAAUGCCACUUACUCCAGUUCCAUUCGAGAUUGAUGAGUCGGUGGAGCUCACAGAGGUUGUAAUUGAACAAGCACAAGUUUACAAAGGCUACGCUAAAAUAAUGAAGGAUUUGAUGUCUUGGAAGUUUGACUUCCAGAACCUGUCUACUGUAACUUUGACUCAAAUAUGUAGUGUGGUAGUGACAAGGCCUAUGGAUCAAAAGUUGUCCGAUCCCGGUAGUUUCGCAAUCCCAUGCACAAUUGGAAAUUAUGUUUUUGCCAAAUCAUUGUGUGACUUGGGGGCUUGUAUUAACUUGAUGCCCUUGGCAAUCUACAAAAAGUUUGGCAUUGGUAGAGCUACACCAACCUCAAUGUUGCUGCAACUGGCUGAUCGCACAGUGAAAAGGCCAACACGAAUUUAG